CGUAAACGGCUUCCUCGCGCCACUUCCGGCCGGCUUCCGCAGACGGCGUUGGUGGGGGAUCGUGAGGCGCCGGAGGUCGUUCACGGCAGCCGGAGCCAUGGAGAUGCCGCUGCCGCCCGACGACCAGGAGCUUCGAAAUGUCAUCGACAAGCUGGCCCAGUUCGUGGCUCGCAACGGGCCCGAGUUUGAGAAGAUGACGAUGGAGAAGCAGAAAGACAACCCAAAAUUCUCGUUUCUGUUUGGAGGCGAGUUCUACAGUUACUAUAAGUGCAAGCUGGCGCUGGAACAGCAGCAGCUCAUCUGUAAGCAGCAGGCCCCAGAGCUGGAGCAGGCCACGGCUCUGCCACCCCUGCCACAGCCCCCGCUGGCCCCUGCAGCACCCAUCCCACCGGCCCAGGGAGCCCCAUCAAUGGACGAGCUCAUCCAGCAGAGCCAGUGGAACCUGCAGCAGCAGGAGCAACACCUGCUGGCCCUCAGACAGGAGCAGGUGACGGCGGCUGUGGCCCACGCAGUGGAGCAGCAGAUGCAGAAGCUUCUGGAGGAGACCCAGCUGGACAUGAAUGAAUUUGACAACCUGCUGCAGCCCAUCAUUGACACAUGCACCAAAGACGCCAUCUCGGCUGGGAAGAACUGGAUGUUCAGCAAUGCCAAGUCCCCGCCACACUGUGAGCUGAUGGCCGGCCACCUCCGGAACCGCAUCACAGCUGACGGUGCGCACUUCGAGCUUCGGCUGCACCUCAUCUACCUGAUCAAUGAUGUGCUGCACCACUGCCAGCGCAAGCAGGCCAGGGAGCUGCUGGCCGCCCUGCAGAAGGUCGUGGUGCCCAUCUACUGCACCAGCUUCUUGGCCGUGGAGGAGGAUAAGCAGCAAAAGAUCGCCCGGCUUCUGCAGCUAUGGGAGAAGAAUGGCUACUUCGAUGACUCCAUCAUCCAGCAGUUGCAGAGCCCGGCCCUGGGGCUUGGCCAGUACCAGGCAACGCUUAUCAGUGAGUACUCCUCAGUGGUGCAGCCAGUACAGCUGGCCUUCCAGCAGCAGAUCCAGACCCUCAAGACGCAGCACGAGGAGUUCGUCAACAGCCUGGCCCAGCAGCAGCAACAGCAGCAGCAGCAGCAGCAGCAGCAAAUUCAGAUGCCGCAAAUGGAAGCUGAAGUCAAGGCCACGCCACCACCCCCUGCCCCGCCGCCGGCCCCAGCGCCCACCCCAGCCAUCCCGCCAACUACCCAACCUGAUGACAGCAAGCCUCCCAUCCAGAUGCCUGGCUCCUCUGAGUACGACGCCUCGGGGAGCGUCCAGGACCCUGCCACAGCUGGCCCUCGGGGUCCUGGGCCCCACGACCAGAUCCCACCUAACAAGCCCCCAUGGUUUGAUCAGCCUCACCCCGUUGCUCCUUGGGGCCAACAGCAGCCUCCCGAGCAGCCGCCUUACCCGCACCACCAGGGUGGGCCACCCCACUGCCCACCCUGGAACAACAGCCAUGAGGGCAUGUGGGGUGAACAGCGUGGGGACCCUGGCUGGAACGGCCAGCGUGACGCGCCCUGGAACAGCCAGCCUGACCCCAACUGGAACAGCCAGUUUGAGGGCCCCUGGAAUAGCCAGCAUGAGCAGCCACCUUGGGGUGGUGGCCAGCGCGAGCCGCCCUUCCGCAUGCAGCGGCCACCGCACUUCCGCGGGCCCUUUCCACCCCACCAGCAGCACCCACAGUUCAACCAGCCACCACAUCCCCACAAUUUCAACCGCUUCCCACCCCGCUUCAUGCAGGAUGACUUUCCCCCGAGGCACCCCUUUGAGCGGCCGCCUUAUCCUCACCGCUUCGACUACCCCCAGGGCGACUUCCCUACUGAAAUGGGACCCCCUCAUCACCACCCUGGCCACCGCAUGCCGCAUCCUGGGAUCAACGAGCACCCGCCCUGGGGGGGGCCCCAGCACCCUGACUUUGGCCCUCCCCCCCACGGCUUCAAUGGGCAGCCCCCCCACAUGCGACGACAGGGCCCUCCCCACAUCAACCAUGAUGACCCCAGCCUUGUCCCCAAUGUGCCCUACUUUGAUCUCCCCGCCGGGCUGAUGGCCCCCCUUGUGAAGCUGGAAGACCAUGAGUACAAACCUUUGGACCCUAAAGACAUCCGCCUUCCGCCCCCCAUGCCACCCAGCGAGAGGCUAUUGGCGGCUGUGGAGGCCUUUUACAGCCCGCCCUCCCACGACAGGCCCAGGAACAGUGAAGGCUGGGAGCAGAAUGGCCUCUACGAGUUCUUCCGAGCAAAAAUGCGGGCCCGAAGGAGGAAAGGCCAGGAAAAGAGGAACAGCAGAUCCAAAAGCAGAGGGCGCUCCUCCUCUCGUUCCAACUCGAGGUCCUCCAAGUCGUCUGGCUCAUACUCAAGGUCGCGGUCACGCUCAUGCUCCCGUUCAUACUCCCGCUCCCGCUCCAGGAGCCGCAGCCGAUCCCGCUCCUCAAGAAGCCGCUCGAGGUCCCGCUCCCGCUCCAGGUCCAAGUCGUACUCCCCAGGGAGGAGACGUCGGUCGCGGUCCAGGAGCCCCACCCCGCCUUCCUCGGCUGGUCUGGGUUCUAAUUCAGCACCUCCUAUACCUGACUCCAGGCUUGGGGAAGAGAACAAAGGACAUCAGAUGCUGGUGAAAAUGGGCUGGAGUGGAUCUGGCGGCCUCGGCGUGAAAGAGCAAGGGAUUCAGGACCCCAUCAAGGGAGGGGACGUGCGGGAUAAGUGGGACCAGUACAAGGGUGUGGGCGUGGCCCUGGAUGACCCCUACGAGAACUACCGCAGGAACAAGAGCUACUCCUUCAUCGCCCGCAUGAAGGCCAGGGACGAGUGCAAGUAGUUGUGGCAAGGAGCCAUACCGGCACCUUGGCCCUUGGGACCUUCCUGGCUUAUUGGCGGUGGAAGAUGGUAGGGACAGCUCGGUUCUCACACUGCCUCCAUCUCUGGGGAGCAACAGAAGAGGAUGAUGACCACAGCAUGCUGAGUGACCAGUGCCAUGCUCAACUGCGUGGGAGGUCUAGGCCCCACCUGCAAACCAGCUCCAACGUAGAAGCAAGAUUCACAUGAGGAGAUGCCCUAAGCUCGUCCCCUGGACAGUGAAGCAAGAAACAUGAGCCCCUCACCCCCUGGAUGAGAAUCCUUAACACCUGAAGGAGCAGAUGUUUCCCAUCUCCCCACAGUCAGAUCUGAGCCUCUGCUUAAACCAGCAGGCUUGUGUGGAAGUAGCCCUGGGCGCGCCUGCUCGCUGCCCAGGCUAGGGGCGCAGCGGGCCAGCUCUGCCGCCUGCCCGCACUGGAUAUGUCAUGACAGAGAUCAGGCCAGGCACUAGUACUGCUCACUCUUUAAAAACGGAACAACAAAACCUUGAUUUGCAAAGCUGAACAGGGCUUUCGUUUUUACUCCAAGUGGUUUAGUUUUUAAAAAAAAAAAAAAAAGAAUAUUGAUCUAAGAUGAUCCCCAGUGAGAUAAUUUGAAACUUGAUUCCUCCAAGACAUUGGUCCUUAGUUCAGUUAUUUUAGUUGAGUAUCUUUUUUUUUUUUUUUGAACAUUAGCCAUUUGCUAUUAUCUGCAGAAAGAAAAGGCUCUAAGGAGAUGGAUCUGAGGUAUCUUCAGGUCAUGGAGUGACGCCCCGGAAGGAUCUGUAUCCUUAGCAUCUACUUGUGUUUUUUUCACUUAGAGGAACCCCAACACCAGCACUUGUGUGCGACAGCCCAUUCAGACCCAGUGUGGGGAGCAGCCACCGGCCAUGCCUCCUGCUCUGUCACUUUUCUUCUCAACCCCCCCUCCCCAUGAGGGGAGGUGAGGCCUGAAGGGAGCCACCUCUGCUGGGAGCCUUGGAGUGACCGCACCAGGAUUGGCCGUACUUGGCGUCUACGGGCAAUGGGGUGUGGUACCAUUUAUUUGUACAGAAACAUUUUUUGAAAAAUCCUUUAAGAUGGCAAAAUCCUCUCCAACUUUUCAACCUGAUGUGAUAAAAUAUUUGAUUUUGUUCUAGGUUUCCUGUAGCUGUGAAUUGUUUAAACGCGUCUGAUUCAGGAUAAAGCGUAAAUGUGCUGUUAACAAUUUCUUGUGGAUUUUACUGUUUUGCCUUCAAAUAAAGACUUUUUUUAAAGAC